AUGGCCCCUACUGUCAAGUCCAAGAAGAACGCCGAGUCCAUCAACUCUCGUCUCCAACUCGUCACCAAGUCUGGCAAGUAUACUCUUGGUUACAAGACUACCUUGAAGACUGUCCGUCAAGGAAAGGCCAAGUUGAUCAUCAUUGCUGGUAACUGUCCUCCUCUCCGCAAGUCUGAGAUCGAGUACUACGCCAUGUUGUCCAAGACUGGUGUUCACCACUACAAUGGUAACAACAUCGAUCUUGGUACCGCUUGUGGUAAGCUCUUCCGUACCAGUGUUCUCUCCAUCACUGAUGCUGGUGACUCUGAUAUCUUGAGCGCCCAAUAA